AUGGACCGCGAGUUCCACUACCAGACCGGCGGCCACGACGGCAUCCCGCGCACCAGAGCUCGCCGCGCUGCCACCGAUUAUGGCUCGACAAUGGUCCAGUGGGCGCGUGUGCGCCGCCCGCGCUACAAAGGCCUGCCGCCUGUUGAGGCCGAGCGGCCCAGCAUCAGCUACAUGGUCGACAUGAUCCCGCCGCUCGCCCGCCUGGGCUCCGCCGCCGAGACAAUCCCUGCAAAGCACCUCCACGCGUCGCUGAACAAGGUCAAGCAUCCUAUUAACGUUGUGCGAUGGACCCCAGAGGGCCGGCGUCUGCUCACAGGCUCGACAAGUGGAGAGUUUACGUUAUGGAAUGGUAUGGGCUUCAAUUUCGAGACCAUCAUGCAGGCCCACGACUCCGCCAUCCGUGCUGCCCAGUACUCGCAUAGCGAUGACUGGCUGGUGUCGGCGGACCAGGAUGGCGUGGUGAAAUACUGGCAAACCAACUUCAACAACGUCAAAGCCCUCCAAGCCCACAACGAGCCCAUCCGUGAUCUGGCUUUUUCCCCUACCGAUUCAAAAUUCGUGACUGCCUCCGACGAUGCGACUUUGAAAAUCUUCGACUUUGCUGGUGGAAUUGAAGAAUCGACGCUGACCGGCCACGGCUGGGAGGCCAAGACUGUUGACUGGCACCCCACCAAAGGCUUGCUGGUCUCAGGCUCCAAGGACCACCAAAUAAAGCUGUGGGAUCCUCGAACCGGUCGAUCGCUCACUACACUCAGAGGCCACAAGAACACCAUCUCCAAGACUUCCUUCGAGCGCACUCAAGGCCAGCUCCUUGCUACGUGCGCAAGAGACCACACUGCACGGGUAUUCGAUCUGCGCAUGAUGCGUGACGUCCUCCUUCUCCGUGGCCACGAGAAGGACAUCACCACCUUAGCAUGGCAUCCAAUCCAUCGCAACCUUCUGUCUACAGGAGGAGUUGACGGAAGCCUUUUCCAUUAUCUUCUUGACGAACAGAACGCCCCGCCGGGCGUCGAGGCGACCAUGUCUCCGUAUGAUAGCCCGGAUCCCUCGAAUGCCCCUGCACAGACUAUCUACCCCGCACACCGCGUGCCACAAGCCCACGACUUUGCCAUUUGGACUCUGGACUGGCAUCCUCUCGGACACAUCCUCGCCUCUGGCUCCAACGAUCGAAUCACUCGCUUCUGGACACGAGCCCGCCCUGGAGAGACCAUCCCAUUCAACGAUCGUUAUCACAUCGGCCAAGCUGCCGCUGAGGCACAAGGUAUUUACGAUAGACGUGACGCUCGGAGAAGACAGCAGGAGGAGGAAGAACAGGAAGCCGAGGACGAAGCCGAAGGCCUUGUGGAUCAGAAGAUGCCCGCGAAACAGCCCACACUGCCCGGUCUUCCUGGCCUGGGCUUCGCCGACGGCUCAAGUACCGGCGGCGCCCAGCUCCCCGGUCUCGGUGGGCCCGUCACAAACGGUCCGGUGGUCCCCAUCAACAUUCCUCCACCUCCUCCACCCGGAUCGGGUGCUCCACCAUUCCCUGGCCCGGGUGGCAUCCCAGCUCUGCCUCCUGGCAUGGAUCCGACCAAGCUCGCCGAGAUGAUUCGCAGCGGCCAGAUCCCAUUACCUCCCGUUCCGCCGCCGAACGGUGGCCAGGCCGGCGCGUUCCCCCCGCCGCCUCCUGGGUUUCCAGGAUUUCCGCCGCCGCCUUUUCCUCCGGGCUUUGCAGGCUUUCCCCCGCCCCCGAUGCAGCCGGGACAGGCUCCGCAAGGUGUCCCCGGUGCUGGUGGGGAUGGCAAUGGGGCAUUCGGAAAUAAUGGUGUGAGGAAGAGAGAACCUCUACCUAGUCAGAAGGAGAGCUUGAAUGAGCAGAUGAGACAAGGGAGGUAUAGGAAGCCUAGGUGA